AUGAUGUCAAAAACAAAGAAUGAUGAAUUAAAAUUUUCUAUUCGAAAUUUAAUUGAUACAAAACCAUGUAUUAAAAAAGAAAAACGAAUAUCAAAACGAUUAAUUAUUGAAUCUCAAACACCAUUAAUUCGUCGACCAAUACCAAUAAUUAAUGAUAAAAUUUCUCAUCCAUGUUGGUCAUUUUUAACACAAAUAGCAAAUAAAAAUUAUACAGAAAAUUUAUCAUUACAUUCUUCAUUCAUUUUUCUUAGUAAAUUAAAUCAAGCUUGGGAACAUAUUCAACGAACACAAAUUUCACCAUCAAUAAUAACAGAAAAUGAUAAUGUUUCAGAAGAUGAUGAUACUGAUAUGGAUACAUCAUCUAUACGUCAUAAUAUUGAAAUUGAAGAUGAUGAAGAAAAAGAAGAAGAAGAAGAUGUUGAUGAUGAUGAUGAUGAUGAUGAUUUAGGUGAAUGUUCAAGUAGUAAUGAUGAUGAUAAAAUAAAUCCUUUAUCAAAUAAUGAAGAAAAUGAUAAAUUAAAAAAUUAUCCUUGUACACAAUGUGGAAAAAUCUUUACUGCUCAAUAUAAUUUAGUUCGACAUAUGCCAGUACAUACUGGUAUUCGUCCAUUUAUUUGCAAAGUAUGUGGAAAAGGUUUUCGACAAGCAUCAACAUUAUGUCGUCAUAAAAUAAUUCAUACAUCUGAAAAACCACAUGAAUGUCGUAUAUGUGGAAAAGCAUUUAAUCGUUCAUCAACAUUAAAUACACAUAUGCGUAUACAUCAAAAUUUUAAACCAUGGAUUUGUGAAUAUUGUGGAAAAGGUUUUCAUCAAAAAGGAAAUUGGAAAAAUCAUAAAUUAACACAUUCAACUAUAAAACAAUAUAAAUGUUCUAUAUGUUCAAAAGCUUUUCAUCAAAUAUAUAAUUUAAAAUUUCAUAUGUAUACACAUUCAGAAAUAAAACCAUAUGCAUGUAUGAUAUGUUCAAAAGGUUUUUGUCGAAAUUUUGAUUUAAAAAAACAUGUACGUAAUGUACAUGUAAGUAAUACAAAUACUGCAAGAAAUAAUCAAGACUAA